AUGGAUAUAACACCAUUAUUUAAAGCUUGCAUAAAAACAGUAAAAACUAGAAAUAAAGCUUUUGGUAUACAAAGUCCUGGAAGCGAUGACAAACAAAGAAUCCUCCGAAGUAAACCAAAGACAGGUUUUAUGGCAGCAGCUAAAGAUAUUACCUCACAAAUAACUAAGCUUCGUGACUUCCUUUUAGAGCACAGGGAGAGGUAUUUAAGUUUCUUUAACACAGUAACUGGUGAUGAAAUGUCUGAAAUGGAAAGGGACCAGAUAGAUACUGGAGCUCAAAGAAUAAUCAAUACUUGCUCUCACCUAUUAAAAGAAUUUAGACAUGAUAAUCGGAAACUUUCUGUUUCUCAUCAAACUAGGGAAUAUAUGGAUGGUGUAAUAGAUCUCAUAGAUUCUUACCUAAAAGCUGUUUGUAAAAUACACAGUGAACUAAAAGCUUUACGAGUUAAGCAAGCACUAGAUAUGCGCAAAUUAUCACGACUUGAAUUACCACAUACUAAGUCAAACAUACCAAAUCCAUUUAUACAAGAAAAAGAAAUAGAAAAAGAGGACAAAGAAACUGAAGUAGAAGUAGAAGAAGUAGACACAUCUAGAACGAAGAUGGAUUUAUCAGAGAAUGAAAUAGCAGUCAUGUCUGAUGAAGGUGAACUCAGUGCAGAAGAAUUACAAUUGUUUGAGUCAGAGAAUGUACAACUGCUUAAUGAACUGAAUAGCAUGACAGAAGAAGUGAGGCAAAUAGAGAGUAAAGUGUUACAUAUUGCUGAAUUACAGGAAAUAUUCACUGAAAAGGUGUUACAACAAGAGCAGGACAUAGACAGAAUAGCAAAUACAGUUGUUGGCACAACUGAAACAAUGAAAGAUGCAAAUGAACAGAUAAAACAAGCUAUCCAGAGGAAUGCUGGGCUUAGAGUGUAUAUUUUAUUCUUUUUGCUAGUGAUGUCAUUUACUUUGCUAUUUCUAGAUUGGUAUAAUGAA